GAACCCUUGAUUUUUCACUUCACGAAGCAGGGGGAAUGAAAUAACUGUUACACGCCGGGCAAAUGUAAAAGUUGAAGGUAAACAUGCUGGUGUGCUUGAAAUCCCUGUUGUACUCAACAUCCCAGGAGCCCUUUAGGUCAAUGUGAUGGUUGCGUUGGAGAGUCUCCUUCAGGAUAUUUAGGUUACUUUGAGGCUUGCAGUGUGAGAGAAUCAGCCACUAUGGCCUCCCGCCGCGUCCCACUGGUUCUGUUAGCCUGUGGCUCUUUUAAUCCAAUCACCAAUCAGCACAUGAGGCUGUUUGAGCUGGCCAGGGACCACAUGCAAAGCACAGGCCAGUACAAGGUGGUGGGGGGCAUUGUGUCUCCAGUGAGUGACGGGUAUGGAAAGCAAGGUCUGGUCUCUGCAAAGCAUCGCAUUUCUAUGGCAAAACUGGCUCUUCAGAGCUCUAACUGGGUCACGGUUGAUGAAUGGGAGAGCCAGCAGCCAGACUGGACGGAGACAGUGGUCACUAUGAGGUAUCAUUAUGGACAGAUUCUGGAAGAAUACAAGCGGAGUACAGGAAAACACAAUGAUUCCUCAAGUAAGACUCUUAAAUCACUGGGAACAUGACACUUAUUUUUUAUG